AUGUAUCUAAACUGCACAGAGAAGAUUUCUUUCCCUCACCGAAGGCUUGGGGAAGGUUUUAGAACAGAGGUGAUUGUCAGUGCUGUGAAUGCCCUUAUCUACUAUGUCCUUCAGAAGGAUCUCAGAGAUAUUGCUGGUGACUUUAGAGGCUUAUGCAGAGAGCUCUCAUGUGAUGGGCAGCUCAGACUGCUAAGAGAUAAUCCAGAGAUGCUGUUGUCCUGCAUUAAUUUCAGGUACAUCACUGAUGUCUUGACAGAAGAGGAUGCAUAUGAAAUACUGCAGAACAGUCAACUUGGUAAAAAAGAAAGAGAAGAACUAAUUCUGAGACGUGGCUACCCUGCCUACAAUACAUCGUGUGCCUUGCUGGGCUAUUCAGACAGCACACUGAAACAGGAAACUCUGAGAGAUGGCUGGACCAGAAUUAAAUAACAAGUUGGGGAAAAUCAUCCAGAUGACAUACGAAGAUGCCACCUCGUCAGGGACAUGAUUGGACUAGAGAAGACUUUGAUGAUGGGUGUCAGUGAACGUUGGGAUGUUCCUGAGGCAGUGGAGUGGAUAUCAAAACUAGCUAAAUUCAAGCCAUUGUUUGAGAAGCCCACAUCCCAGAAAGACGUCAUGGGCCAUGCAACUAUUUCUGAGCUGCAGCACACGUCAGUAGGACGGGUCGCCCGCGCGGCUCUGCGGGUAACCAAGAGGUCAGGACCUGACCGGGGUGAUGUCACUGGAGUCGUCGGUGGGGUCGUACGACGGACGGAGGAGAGAAACUGCGCAUGCGCUGUUUGCUUGCCCGUUUCCGGGCAGCGAACCCAAAACCGGAAGUUCUCAUCGUCGCUGCCGCUCCGAGUUCUUGCGAGAUUUACAACUCGGAACUUGAGGAACUUGAGGAACUUCAAAGCUCCAGGUACAACCUUCCGGGAACCUACCGUUUUAAAACGCAACCCCAUCACCGGGUCAAAGCCGUCCGCCUGCCCGGCCUCCCCUCACGCUGGCCGGGUCACCUCAGGCAAAUCCUUGUCCUUUGACACGGACCGGAGUGGAGUGUUGCAGUGA